AUGGAUGAGGGUCUGCCAAUCGACGCGAGCGAGGCACAGCUCGAAGCCAUCCGGAGAGAGGUGGCGCACUACCCGUUACUGUCGCUCUCGCUGCCGCUCAACAAGGAGUCGAUGAUUGUGAAGGAGAUGGAGCACGACGACGCCUACCUUGCCCAAACAUUGUCGCUCUUUGGGGCCUCGCCGGUGUCCACAAAGCAGUACGACUUCGACAGCAUACGGUACUCGCGCCGCGAUGGCAACUGCUUCUACCGCUGCGCCGGCUUUCGCCUGUGCGAGCUCAUCGUCGAGCACCCGGAGAGGGCGGCGGAGUACGUGGCGCUGCUCAAAUCACGAGAGGAGAGCCUGUCCCGGUUGUUUGGCCUCUUCGUGUUCGAUUUCACAGAUGCCUUGGCGGAGAUCCUGAGGGGCGUGACGGACAAGACGAUCACUUCCGUUGCACAAGUCUACGAUCGCUUCAUCUCUGAAGACGGCGCCUACGUUCUGGCGGCGCUACGCUACUUGAUCUCCGCUUACCUGCAAGAACACGAGGAGGAGUACGAGCCUUUCGUCAGCGGACUUGGCUACGGCACGGUGCGCGACUACUGCAACGCCGAGGUGGAGCUGGUGGAUCACGAGAGCGACAAUGUGCAGCUGGCCGCCUUUGCAAAGGCCUUCAACGUCUGCAUCAAGGUCUACGCGCUGGACCGAAAUGCAGGCAACAAUAUCACCGAGUACUCUUUUAAUGGCGAGGACAACGACACUGGAGACCGACUGGUGGUGCGCCUGCUUUACAUGCCCGGCCACUACAACCUUCUCGGGCGGGGUCCCGGCUGA